ACAUCGCUUUCGCUUAUCAAAAACCGAGAAAACCGGUAAACAAAAAACAAAGUUGAAGUGGAAUGUUAUUUCAAAAUUUACGGCAAUUUUUACCAGUUCUAAAGACAAUAAGUGUAACCCCAAAUUUUGACUUAUUGUACUCCAAAAAAUCAGCCCUCCGCUGCUGUCCAGGUCAGGUCACUCUCCACCAUUAGAAUGAAAUAUCUGAACCAACAAGAGGCAAUCAACGUCGACGAAGAGCUUUUCAACGAGUACAAAUUCAGCGUUGAUCAGCUGAUGGAACUAGCUGGACUUAGCUGCGCUCAUGCCAUCAACGAUUGCUACGGUGCCACCGUCGAGAAGCGCAAAGUUCUGGUCUGCUGCGGCCCGGGCAACAACGGUGGCGAUGGGCUGGUGGCCGCUCGUCACUUGGUCCUGAUGAACUACGAGCCGCACGUUUACUAUCCGAAGCGAACCCAGAAGGUGCUGUUUGUGAACCUGCAACAUCAGUGCGAAUCGAUGGGGAUUGCCGUUAGUGAGGACUGUCCCACGCUGGAUGUUGUGAACCGUGAGUUCGGACUGGUCGUGGACGCGCUGUUUGGCUUCAGCUUCAAGCCUCCGGUGAGGGAGGCGUUUGCGCCGAUCAUGGGCGUUCUUGAGAAGACCACGGUUCCUAUUGUGAGCAUUGACAUCCCAAGUGGUUGGCACGUGGAAGAAGGUCCGCAGAACGAAACAAACAUCAAACCGAGCUGCCUUAUAUCCCUAACGGCUCCAAAAAUGUGCGCAAAGCACCUCGCGAACGCCAAACACUACCUCGGAGGGCGUUUCGUCCCUCCGAAGCUUCAGGAGAAGUACUCUAUGGAUUUGCCGACUUAUGCUGGAAACAAUCUCUUCGUUAAGUUGAAUUAAUUAUUCAUUGUUAAUUUUAAUUGGUAAAAGGCGUUCUUCAAAAGCACGUGAAAACGACCACGGUUAUAGUAAUAAAAAUAUAUUUUUUUGCCAA